AUGGCUCCCACGGAUCAGCCGCGGCCGGCAGUGGGAGCGAGAGGGGGCGGGGAGCAGGACUGCGCGGCGGAGGGAUACUACGACGACGAGGACGACCUGGAGGCGUUUUCAGACGCCGAGCCGGGCUGUGAGGACGGAGUGUUGGGCUUCAGCGACCCUCUGAACGGAGAGGUCAAACCUCGCAUCCUGCUGAUGGGCCUGAGGAGGAGUGGGAAGUCCUCCAUCCAGAAGGUGGUUUUCCAUAAGAUGUCGCCCAACGAGACCCUGUUCCUGGAGAGCACCAACAAGAUCUGCAGAGAGGACGUGUCCAGCAGCUCCUUCGUCAGCUUCCAGAUCUGGGACUUCCCCUGCCAGAUCGACUUCUUCGACCCCACCUUCGACUACGAGAUGAUCUUCAGGGGCACCGGAGCGCUGAUCUUCGUCAUCGACUCUCAGGACGACUACGUGGAGGCUCUGGUCCGGCUCCACCUCACCGUGACCCGGGCCUACCAGGUCAACCCGGAGAUCAACUUCGAGGUGUUCAUCCACAAAGUGGACGGCCUGUCGGACGACCAGAAGAUCGAGAAGCGGCGGGACAUUCACAAGCGGGCCAACGACGACCUGGCCGACGCCGGCCUGGAGCGCAUCCACCUGAGCUUCUACCUGACCAGCAUCUACGACCACUCCAUCUUCGAGGCUUUCAGUAAAGUGGUCCAGAAGCUGAUUCCACAGCUGCCCACGCUGGAGAACCUGCUGAACAUCUUCAUAUCUAACUCGGGCAUCGAGAAGGCCUUCCUGUUCGACGUGGUCAGUAAGAUCUACAUCGCCACGGACAGCAGUCCGGUGGACAUGCAGACGUACGAGCUGUGCUGCGACAUGAUCGACGUGGUCAUCGACAUCUCCUGCAUCUACGGUGUGACGGACGGUGAAGCCGCUCUGCCCUACGACCAGGAGUCCAUGGCCAUCAUCCACCUGAACAACACCACCGUCAUGUACCUCAAGGAGGUCACCCAGUUCCUCGCCAUGGUCUGCUUCGUGCGCAAGGAAAGCUUUGAGAGAAAAGGGCUGAUCGACUACAACUUCCACUGCUUCAAGAAAGCCAUCCAGGAGGUGUUCGACGUCCGGGUCAAGCUUCAGCAGAACCGCAAGCUCCUCAGUCAGAGGAGGUGGAGCAAGCUGACCGCGGCCAACGGGGCGGGGCUUAACAACCCCCACUGAGACCCGAUGACGUCACGCCGCACCGGGGACACGACUCUGAACGCCAGAAGAGCUGAGUGGAGUUGAGCUCCAGUCCCACUGCAGCGAGAACCACAGAGCGGACACAGGGCUGUGAUCAAAGAGGACGCUCUGAUUCCUUCAGCCAAUCGGAGUCCGUACACUGCAGCCCACGUCACCUGUUUGAACAGGUGGGCCGGAGGGGAGGGGCCUCUGGGGUCUGGGGGCCCGGUGUGUACACCUCCUUUUCACAUUCAUACCAGCACAAUUUCACCUGAAGCAAAAGUAAUGAUUUAAACGGGUGUAACUUUUAGAUAAAGACUAAAUCUAAUCUAACUAAGUUCAAUAUAUCUGACAAUUAAAUAUAAAUAUAUAUCAGUUCA